UUAAAUGUCGACCUGCUACCCUCCAGAGUUAUGGUGACUACCAAUUUAAUUAUGUUCUUCCUAACUGCUAUUUAUUUUUUAAGAAUUAAAUCUGAGCUCAACGGAUUCAAAGGGACAGAUUCAAAAACAGAAAGAUUUCUUGUUUACAAAGAAAAAUUUGUAAUGAACAUCAAACUAUUUCUGAUUAUGGGAACAUUAUAUUUUUUUUGGAUACUAUGUUCUUUAUUCCAAAUUGAAGAGGGGAUCAUAUCAAACUUUUCUGAUGCAAUGACCAAUCUACAAGGAGUAUAUAUAUUUAUUAUAUUUGUAGCCAAGCGCAAAGUUAUUAUGGACUUCCGGAAUAAGUUUAUAGGUUCAAUGGAUUACAGUGAAUCGACACAAAUUAACACUAUAUCAUACAAGUUAUAAUUAUUUCCAAAUUGCAAUAUGAAUAUAAAUAUUAUGUAAAUAAUGUUAUAUUAUAUAUUAAGACAAUAAGACUCAA